UUUUCUAUUUCUAGGGUUUUUUGUGCUUUUUGGUAGGCGUCGAGGAGAACCAGAGAAGACACAGGAAGAAAAUAUAUAUAUCGAUAACCUAUAGAGAGAGAGAUAUGGAUUCGUUUUCAGCGCCAUCCACCGGAUCGUCCCCGAAGCUCUCAGCGGAGGAUUUCAUGGACCAGCUCAAGACUCAGCUUGCCCAGGCUUACGCCGAGGAGUUCCUCGAGACGGUAAGGGGGAAGUGCUUCGAGAAGUGUAUUACCAAACCUGGAAGUAGCCUGAGUGGGAGCGAGAGCAGUUGCAUAUCCAGGUGUGUUGAUCGCUACAUCGAGGCCAGUGGUAUAAUUAGCAGAGCUCUUUUUAGCUCAUCACGCUAAAAUCUUAAGCCUAGCAGCAUAUCAUGCAGAACAUCAAGCUGUGGAAUUUCAGAAAGAACGUAAAUGGGAGAGGCUAUUGAUUAUGUAGUUGGUAUUGCUUUCCCAUUCUUUUGUUAUUUAUGAGGAUAAUAGUCUGUUUCACUUAUUACUUGAAAGCCAGCCAUAUAAACUUUUGCACCUUUAAGAUUUGGACAUGUUAUUGGGUUAUUCUUGUGUUCUUGGACAAUUAUUGUUAGUAUUAUUUUGAUCUUACUAGGCAUUAUGCUCAA